ACAUCAAGAUGUCCGCGCUCAUUUGAAAACCUGCCGUAGCCAAAAUAUUAGUUUGACAUUUCAACAUUGUGCUUCAUAUGCGUUUUAAAACUUCACGCUUGUUUUCAGUAACAUCGUGAAGCCUAAGUUGUACACAUAGUAUAAGGACGCGACGACAAAGGCCAGUAUAUUCCUUAUUAUCAGAAAUAAUGCUGAAAUCUGGAACUCAUGUCGGAAGUCGUGUAUGAAGAGACAGUCACAAUGAUUGCCGCAGGGGAAUUGCAGUCAUUUAUCCCAUUUGGCCGUGAGCACUGCAGGAACCAUCCCAACGCCUUCAACCUGCAGCUUAGAGAGCUCCAGCCUGCCUCAGAGCUCUGGUCGUCUGAUGGUGCCGCUGGCCUGGUAGGGUCCCUGCAAGAAGUCAGUCUACAUGAAAGAGACAGGGAAUGUUGGCAGCUAAGAAAAGGCUGGGCUGGGCCUCAACAGGAGGAUGUAGAUUUUGAAGAGGAACUCUACACAGCUGGAAAUGUCGUUGUUUGGAGUCAAGGCAGCAGUACACAGGCGUCCAGUGUCUAUAAAGCCUUUACUGUAGACAGUCUAGUGCAGAAGGCACUGUGGUGUGACUUUGCUGUUCCACAGACUAAGAAAGAUGCAGAGGAAGAGGUGGAACACACUGUGUGUAUCAUGCAGAGCAGCUGUAUCAAUGUCCACACUGUGACAGGCAAAGACUUUAUUUCCCCACUGCCCUUCCAGGUGUCUGAUGUUUGGCCAACAAAGUUUGGACUUGUGUUGGAAAGGAAAAACACAACAUCUGAUUCUCAGCUCAACACUCCAUGCGAACCUCUACCCACAGUCUUUAGCAUGAUGCACCCUCUUGAUGAGAUAGCGCCAGUUGUGUGCAAACCAACAGCUCUCUUUGAAGGGAGCCGUGUACAGUAUGUGUUUGACACUGCAAUGAAGAUAGUGUUUAGCAGCUCUGAGCCCUCAAUGAUGGUCUCAUAUGACACUGUGCAAGGAACUCACUCUGUAUGGGCCCUGCGCAAAGUCACACAGGAUGAGAAGAACACAGUCCUUAGAUGCCCUUCUGAGCCUCCAGUUGGCACCCCCAUUGGUGUGAUGGCUUCUAGUUUUUUAACUUCUCAUUUGCGAAAUAUUUCACGUUUGGACUCUCCUGGAGGUCCAGGUGGAACUGGUCAUGGCCCCUCAACAGGCCCGAGUUGUACUGUUGGUACCAGCUCCCCUCUUCACUACAGUGUUCUGCAUGGCCACCAAAGCAGGAUUUUGAUGUCCUCCCCGGGAUUUCACUCUCGCAUCAGUUCACCGAGUAUUUCCAAUAUGGCUGCUUUGAGUCGAGCACACUCCCCGGGCAUGGCAGCUCCUUCUUUAUCGGGCACAGCCCGCUUUAACACCUCUUUCCAUAGCCCCAACCCAAGAGCACAUGGCCUGUUGCCGUCUCCCAACACCACAGUGAAUGACACUUUGCUGGUCCCUGAGAUGGAGCCCAUCAUACCAGACCUGUGCCUGGAGCAGCUGUGGAGUGAACCCUUAUCAUCUGGGAGCCAUAGAGAAAUGAGCAGCCAGGCUUCAAAGGUCUUCCUGACAUCGGACCUUUGUGAGAAUAAGUACCUCUGUUUGCUGGUUGAAUCACAUCAACAGCUCAGGUGUAUCAAGUUUAUUGAAAGCAAUAAUGAUACGUCUCAGUUUAUUUUUGCUUCAGUCACUGCCAUUCCUGCUAAGGACGCAGCUCCUCUUGAGAACAUAGAUGCAAUGCUUGUGCUGGAGACCUGUGGAAGCCUGGUGCUUUACACUGGGGUCACCAGGAUCAGUAAAGUGUUUGUCCCAGGACUUUUGGGUCCUACCUUCAGCAUGUCCAACCAUAGCUCUCAUCUCACACCAGGCCCAGGUGACAAUGUUAGCACACCUGCUAAUGCAGGAAGCAGACAUCUCCAAAGACUGGAUGAGGCGGCAAUGCCUUCUCCAGUGUCUGAACUGAGAAGGCCUCAUAUUAAACAUCAUGAAGCUUCAUUUAUGGAUGAUUACCCCUUCCAGCAAGCGACCCCCCACAUAAGCGCUCUGCGAGACCCUGUGUGCAACCGAGUUUCUCUAGAAUUAAGCAAUGGCACAAUACUAAGGAUACCCAUCCCAGAGAUUGCUACUUCUGAACUCGUAAGAAAAUGCCUUAAGGCUAUUCGCUUCAUCCUUCCUAAAGAAGCUGCUAUGAAAGUUUUGGUGAAAUGGUAUACCAUUUACAAUGCUCCAGGUGGUCCUAGUACCCAUUCAGAGUGGAACAUGUUUGUGACAUGUUUCAUGACUCUUAUGGGCUACAAUACUGAGCGGCUGGCGUGGACUCGCAACCUUCAAUUUGAAGUGCCCCUCUCUCCUGUGAUUGCUGCCAAGAAGGCUCGACCUUCAGACGGAGGCUCCGAUGAGGAUUGGGACUAUUUGCUGGGUUCUCACUAUCAUUGCCAAAUGAUUUCACAGCCAGUUUUUGCAUCACCAGAGUCUGUGUCUUCUCCCACUGGCCCGCCACCAAAGUUGGACAGUUCGGCUCCGCUAUUUCCUCACAUUCCAGCUCUUUUUUAUGUUCUGCACUUGAUCUAUCAGGAGCUUUUGCUGGAUGAGCUGCAGAGAGCUAGUGCAUCCUCACUGCUCUGUCUGUUGCAACAACUGGCCCGGGACCUACAAUUGGAUUCAUAUGUGGAUCUGUAUUGGAGAGACUACCCCUCAUUAAUUAGAUGCUUCAGUGAGAGCUGCCUCGUGGACCAGGGUCAAAAUAAUCAGAUGCAUCGCCCAUCCUUUUUGAGGGAGGACCCACCGUGUGUGUUCAACUGGCUCAGCAGCUGUUUAAGAGGAGAGGAGGUGCCUCCUUUUCCCUACCUGCCCAACAUCUGUCAGAGGACUAAGCUGAUUGUUUUGAGUUAUGCUCUGUACAUCACUGGAGAUGAAAAUGCGACAUCAACACAUAUGUCCAAAUAUCUUGUCAAACUCUCUGCUGGUCACAAGUUCAUCAACGAGCCAAACUACAGACGGCAAAACAAUGAGGACAAGCAGUUCGCAUACCCUCCACCAAAAAGGCAAAGUAGUGUUCACAUGAAGUUUUCUUCAGAGAGUCUGGCUGAGCAGUUGGUAGUCUGGCUUACCUCUGAAGCUUUCACCCUAAAAGAUCUAGAGUCUGUUCCUUUUGGUGUCGCACUUCCUAUCAGAGAAGCAAUUUACCGCUGCCGUGAGCAACCGUGUUCUGAUUGGUCAGAAGAAGUCUGUUUAUUGAUCGGACGUCAGGAUCUCACAAAACAAGCACACAAGAUGACCUUGGCCAAGAGCAAAAGUUCUGUAGGCUCUGGCCUGUCUUUGGAACCUCCAGCCUCUACAGAAGUAGAUGGGGAAGAGGAUGGGAUGUCAGAUAUAAUUCACGAGGUCACAGGACUGAUCUGGAGUCAAGACCUCCGGGUCCAAGAAGUGAGACGGCUUCUGCAGAGCUCCAGGCCAGUGCGGGUCAGCGUUGUUCAGUUGCCUGAAGUUUCAGACCAUGAAUACAUAGAGGAAAAGGAAAACAAGCUUCUGCAGUUAUGCCAGCGAACUAUGUCUCUUCCUGUUGGACGAGGCCUGUUUACUCUCUUCUCUUAUCAUCCUGUACCAACAGAGCCAUUACCUGUGCCAAAACUCAACCUCACUGGACGAGCCCCUCCCAGAAAUGCCAUGGUUGAUCUGAAUAGUGGAAACAUAGAUGUUCCUCCCAAUAUGACUAGCUGGCCCAGUUUUCAUAAUGGAGUUGCUGCUGGCCUCAAAAUAGCUCCAGCCUCACAGGUGGACUCAGCUUGGAUAGCCUACAACAAACCGAAAAGCCCAGAGUUGGCCAAUGAGUAUGCAGGUUUUCUUAUGGCGCUGGGGCUCAAUGGACACCUGACAAAGUUGGCCACACUCAACAUACAUGACUACCUCACAAAGGGCCAUGAGAUGACCAGCAUUGGGCUCUUACUGGGUGUGUCAGCUGCCAAACUGGGCACAAUGGACAUGUCUGUGACAAGACUGUUGAGUAUUCACAUCCCUGCUCUUCUGCCACCAACCUCCACAGAACUGGACGUCCCUCACAAUGUGCAGGUUGCAGCUGUGAUUGGAAUUGGUCUUGUGUAUCAAGGAACAGGCCAUAGGCACAAUGCUGAAGUCUUAUUGUCUGAGAUAGGACGACCUCCUGGUCCGGAGAUGGAGUACUGUACUGACAGAGAGUCCUAUUCCCUUGCAGCUGGUCUGGCCCUGGGCAUGGUCUGCUUGGGGCAUGGAAGUAACUUGAUCGGCAUGACAGACUUGAAUGUGCCCGAGCAGUUGUAUCAGUACAUGGUGGGGGGCCACCGGAGAGCACAGGCUGGAGCCAGUCGGGAGAGACACAAAUCACCCAGCUACCAGAUCAAGGAGGGAGACACCAUCAAUGUUGAUGUCACUUGUCCAGGAGCUACACUGGCUCUUGCCAUGAUUUAUCUCAAAACCAACAACCGGUCGAUAGCUGAUUGGCUGAAGCCUCCAGACACUUGGUUUCUUCUGGACUUCAUCAAACCAGAGUUCCUGCUGCUGCGGACUCUGGCGAGGUGUAUUAUCAUGUGGGAUGAGAUACUCCCAAAUGCAGAAUGGGUGAAAAGUAACAUACCUCAGAUUAUGAGGGGGACAUUGCCCUCAGAAGACAUCAACAUGGAGACAAUGACUCAAGCCCAGGACUACAUCACAGCUGGGGCGUGCAUGGCACUGGGACUGCGUUUUGCUGGUUCUGCAAACUCUGAUGCUUUUGAUUGUCUUUAUGAGUUUGCUCAAACGUUCAUGAAGCACAUCAUGACCUUUUCUGGAACAAAUGCAGUGCAGACAGGCUUCUACAAUCUUCAGACUGGACUGUCCAUGAUCCUGCUGGCCAUGUCCAUGGUCAUGGCUGGCACUGGGAACCUGAAAGUGUUGCAGCUUUGCCGGUUCUUUCAUAAGCGAACAGGUGGAGAGAUGAACUAUGGAUUUCACAUGGCUCACCACAUGGCUCUGGGGCUGCUCUUCCUCGGAGGUGGAAGGUACAGCCUGAGUACCUCCAAUUCAGCAAUAGCUGCUCUGUUGUGUGCCUUAUAUCCACACUUCCCUGCCCACAGUACAGAUAACCGUUACCAUCUCCAGGCUUUGCGGCACUUGGCAGUUCUGGCUGCUGAGCCCCGUCUACUGGUCCCAGUGGAUGUGGACUCCCUUAAACCCUGCUAUGCUCUCCUGGAAGUCACCUACAAGGAAACUAAAUGGUACGAUGAAACAACAGUGGAACUGAUGGCUCCUACGAUGCUCCCUGAGCUUCACCUCCUAAAGAGGGUUAAGGUGAAAGGCCCUCGUUAUUGGGAACUGUCGGUGGAUCUCAGCAAAGAAACACAACAUCUAAAAUCGAUCCUGUCCAGAGACGGUGUGUUAUACGUCAAACUGCGAGCUGGACAGUUGCCUUACAAAGAUGACCCACAGGGAUGGAAGAGUUUACUUGCUUCAUCAGUCAACCAUCGGCUCUCUGGGGCGGGAGCAUUUAAGCCUGGAGCCAUCUCUACAUUGACCUCUGACCCUGUUCUGGUGUCCUUUGCUGAGCUGUUUUGUAAAAACUCAGAAGGAAUGAAACAUAGAGAAGAAACUUUGGUCUUGUUCUCUGCGAUGCUGUAUGAGUGUGUGACACAGGAAUGUCCUGAGAUGCUGCCCACAUAUAUCGCCAUUGAGCAGGCAGUGGGGGCACUGCGUCAGGGGGCUCUCCUGCAGACCUUCCCUCUGUGGCAGCUGCGUUUGGUCCUGGAGCUCUGGGACAGUCGGCUGCUCAGGGGCUCCGACAGUCGCCAUGGUGCCCUGCUCACCUCCGAGUUCCUCCCGGUCAUGAAAAACAUGGUGGAUGUGAUUUUGGACAAGUGGCUUAAAGACAACACUUCAGUGGUGAAGUCCUACAUGAUGGGGGAGAGCUUUCCUAAAGAUGUCCAGUGUCUGGUGUUGGCCUGCUUUCUGGUCUACAGGUCCAUCCCCUACAUGAAAAACACUCACUCUCACCUGGAAGGCUGCAGUUCAAUGGGAGACUUGAUUUCUCGCAGCAGUGAGUUGGGGAUCCCUCUCAGAGACCUGCUGAGGCUGGCUCCUCUACUGCUGGGCUCCGCGACUGGGCUGCCCUCCCUCCUGGGCUUUUGACUCACCUGACUCGCCUGUGCGCUGCUUCAUGAAGAAUGGCGCCUGGAGUCAGAAUAUGAUGCAGGUCUGGACAAACUUUGCCUCUAAGAGGUUUACAGCCACAAACAGAAGCAAUUUGUUUUAAAACAUUAUUUCUGUCAUACAUUUGUCUGCAUGCUUCUGCACUAUGGUUGUCAUUCUUGGUUUUAACCUUAUAAUUGUAAGUCCAUUGUAAACAAACCAUAAAAAAUAAAUAUGUAUUGACUUUGAAUUACUGAAUUUUAAAUAAUGCAAAUACACGUCUUUAGUCUAACUUGGUAUUAUAAAGUAAAUAAAAACAGUCUGUUUAAUCACA